AUGAGCGCUUUCGUUGUACCAUUCGAUGACGCACUUACAACUGAAGACGUUAAACUGUACAUACAAGAUCGUCUGAAGGAAAGCUACAAGCAACUAAAUGGCGGGAUUGAAUUCAUCGAAAAGAUUCCUCGUUCACCCUAUGGGCAUGUGCUGCGCGAUGAGCUUGCAAGCAGGAUCCCACGCAGAGAAAAGGAAAAAGAAGUGGAAGUGGAAAUGAACAGUGAAUGA